CUUCAAGGUCUUUGGUAGUCAAACCUUCAAUAACCAUCCACCUCACCCUACUGACCUGAUACCAUUCUGAUCAAUCUCACGUUCACCUUCGUAUGAAAUAUGAAUUGUGAGGGCUCACCGGAUUACAAGGCUCUCUACUCUGAAGCCAAGGCAGAACUGGACAGAGAGAGGGAAAAAACCAGGAAAGCAGAGGAACGCGCUGAUAUGUGUUUGAAGGUGGCUAGUGGAGCACAAGAAAGAGAAAAAGAAGCACAAGAAGAACUGCAUGAAGCACGGGAGAAAAUACAUGAAGCACGACAGAAAAUGUAUGAAGCAAUAGGAAGAGAAUUUGAUGCAUACAGAGAAUGUCAAGAAGCACAAAUAAGAGAAUUUAAUGCAUGGUGGAGAAGUCAAGAAGCACGAGACAGAAAUUAUGCAAGGAAAAUUAGUGAAUGA